AUGUCGCUCAACUCGCCAUUUGGUUCACUGGACGGAGCCCCGGCCCUUACCCUGUUUGCCAUCAUUCAAACAGAAAACCUGGCAGAAGCAAUCGAAGAACAUGAGUUGCAAAAUUCUGCACUGCCGGAGCACCUCAGUGCAGGUAUGGUUUCAUUGUCCGCCCAUCUACAGAACUUUCGACCGGAUGAUGAAAUCCCACUCUUCGUUAAUCCCGACAUGGACAAACACGACAUAAUCUACAACAACCUUGAAGUCGCCUGGUAUCUCGCAGCCGGCAUUUAUUUCCACAAUCGAAUCAACAAUACCUUCAUUGAUGACGUCUCCUUUGCCGUCGAUGGGAUCUUAAUGUGCCUUCUCCGCGCCGAAGAGAUCAAGGCACAGGUUGAACCCGAUUUGAUGUACCGAGAUGAUCCGGUCACCUUUCCGGCUUUUGUGGCAUCCUUGAAUGCCAUUGACCGCGAGCCUUGGGUGUGCUUGUGGGAGGCGAUGCAGGAAUAUGGUCUUCCAAGGGUUAAUGCGCAGUGGCAAGUUAUUCAGAUUGUUUGGGAUAUCAUGGAUCUUACGCAGGAGAUAGGGGAGGUUAAUUUGAGCUGGGUGGACAUUAUGCAAGGGCGCGAGGCGCGUCAUUUGUCGAAUGUAUUUCAAGAGCUUGGUUUUUAUUGA